ACAGGAGUUCACGGAUUCGGAAUGAUCUUCCAUAAAGACAUUACUGUGACAUUGUCAGUGCACAGAUUUGCUCUUAGUUGCGUCGGUAUCUGGCCUGUGAGGGAGAAAAAUAUCUUUAUGGAUCUCAGGUGGAUCAUCGCAGUAUUUUUAGAAGUAGUUCCGAUGUGCCUCUAUUUCACUGAAAUUUAUUUGCACUGUAACGGAGCAAAAAGCUCUCUUGACUCAGUGAAUACCGGUGCCGCCGCCUUAUUAGCCCUUACAAGACUAAUCGCACCUCGUGUCCACCGAGAGGAAUUACUCGAGAUAGUCACUUCCAUAAUGGACGAUUGGGCCGUGCAGAAGGAUAAGAAAGUUCGUUGGGUCAUGAAGAAAUACGCGACAAUGUCGACACGCGUGACGGUGCUUACCUUCUUUCUCGUGAGCAUCAUAGUGAGUACUUAUAUCACUAUGGCGAUAUCAGCGAUCACCGUGAAAACGGGCCAGCUCGAUAAUGAGAUCGACAAUGUGAACGUGAGCCACGAGAACGGAAGUCAGUCUUGUAUGUUUGAAAGCGCGUCGUCGCGUCAGGCGUUUCUGGUCAUUCAAGCGAUACAGAUGUUAACCACUGGUAUACUAACUUUCGGUACCACCAGUUUCUUCUUCGGACUGGCCAUGCAUCUGUGCGCCCAAUAUGACGCGUUGAGUAUAAAACUAUCUGAAUUCCGAGUCAGCGAGGCACGUCGCGCGAUAGCCGAAGCGGUCCAAAGGCACUGUCAUCUUAUCCGACUGGCCGAGUGUAUGGAGGAAUCGUUUAAUGCGAGCGUUUUGAUGUAUUUGUUCGUUACCAGCACUCUCAUGUGUAUAGAUGGGUACAUGUUAAUCGCAUCGUUACCUCUCGGCAAUCUACAUAUGAUUAUACAUAGCAUUAGUGUUUUACUUCUUAUGCUGCUCCAACUGUCGUUCUACACGUUCGCUGGCGAUUACUUGGAGAUGAAAAGUGCCGCAUUGUCUUAUGCCACUUAUGACUGCGAUUGGUUCGAACUGCCAGCUAGUAUAGCCAAGGAUUUUCACAUUAUUCUAAUGCGAGCCAGUAUUCCUCAUCAAUUGACGGCCGGAAAAUUCAUGGUCAUAAACAUGGUUACGUUUAAAGAUAUCUUAAAGUCCACGGCGUCGUAUCUUUCGGUCUUGCGUAUUAUGUUAGGUGAAUAAACAAUAUAUAUUAUCCAGUUGUUGAAGUUGCGCAAUAUUGUCGAUUACAUUCCCUCGCGAUAG